GUCGCAACUGCAUUCGAAGAUCUAUGUUCACUCUCAGAAAUGAAAGCAUUAGUGAUUGAUACCGAAGCCUGGCAUGAAGACGCAAAUGCGAAUUUACGAUCUUUGAAUCGUGAUGUUGGACGGUGUAUAAGCGAGAGCGCUAGUUAUGAGAAGACCAUGUGGGAGAGAAUAGAAACGGAACUUAAGGAAAUAAAUGUGGAGGAUCUUGGCUUCGAUCAUCCGAUAUGUUCAGGCGUUCUCGAUAUAAAAUCGGUACCUUUUACAAAUAUACCGGGGUCGGUUUGUGAUAUUUUUAAGGAACCAUUUCAGAAAUAUAAGUUAGAACAGAAUCAUAAUGUAAUGGAUGCAUGUAAAGAAUUUAUCCGGAACGAAGAAUCGAAAAAUAAUAUAGAUGAGGUUUUAGCUCAAGAUGUCCAAGUUUCUGGCAUGAACGCGUUAUUUCAGUGA